GAUCUCUGACCUGCAGCUCCAUUCUUCUCCCAUUAAAAGGAAUCAGAACAAGAACACAGCAAGGGUUUUGUACCAUCAUGCCUAUGUCCAGUUCCAGAAAAGUGGUCAAGCUGUUCUAUGAUGUCAUCUCUCCUUAUUCCUGGCUGGCAUUUGAGGUGCUGUGUCGCUAUAGAAAUGUUUGGAACAUUGACCUCAAAUUCAAACCGGCAUUUUUAGGGGUAGUAGUCUUUCAUGGUUCAGGUAACCAGGAACCUGGAUUGGUCCAAAAUAAGUUUCAUUACAUGGUCACAGAUUUGAAGCAGCUGUCUGAGUUCUUUGGGGUCCCUGUGAAUCCACCUUUACCUUGUAAGAAGGGCACUUUGAAUGUGAUGCGUUUUGUGACAGCUGUUGCUGAGAAAGAAAAAGAGGGAGGCGUGCUGGUGGAAAGGGUGUCUAGAGAGCUCUGGAAGAAUGUCUGGAGCACUCAUCAGGACAUUACCCAGCCUGCCUCAUUAAUUGAGGCAGGAUUAAAGGCAGGUCUCUCAGCCAAUGAGGUGGAAGAAAUUCUGAUCCUUUCCCAAUCUCAGCAAAUCAAAGACAAGCUGAAGAGUGUCACACAAGAAGCACUGGACUAUCGAUCCUUUGGUCUUCCAUUCAUCGUGUGUGAUGUGAACGGGAAGACUGAGGUCUUCUUUGGUUCUGACAGAUUUGAGCUCAUGGCUCAACGCAUCGGAGAGAAGUGGAUGGGGCCUCACCCUAACAAGCCCACAGCCACAAUGUGA